GAAAGUUAUAUUUGCUUUCUGCCAUUGUUACUUGAAUCUAAUACGGUGCUUUAGAUUAUGUUGAUGCGUGUGGUAUUUUAACGGCCUGUUCACACGGAGUUUUUUCUUGCCUUUUGAUAUGGAGACAAUUUGUGUAGAAUAGCAGGGCGAUAUACCCCCUUGUGAUAUACAAGUUCAUCUACAUACACAAUUGUUGCAUUCUUUGCCUGUAUCGUUAGCCGUCGUGAAAGAAGCGAUGUGUUGUGCUAAUUCUGUGAAUUAUCGUUAAAUGAAGGAUACCAUCAAGACACGUUCUCUACUCGGUGUAUUAUAGUUCACUGGAUUAUCGAACGCCAGAAAAAACGACCGACAUUUCUUCUGUUGAUGGUGUUGUUUUUUUGUGUUUUAUCGUGACUGAAUGGCUGUUAUGGAUUAACAUACGGACAUAUUUUGUUGGAUAUUUUUACAUCAUUGGAGGGAUUGAGAUUAACAAACAAACAAUAUGUACCCUAAUCGGCAUAAUACACCAGGCCAGCCAAUAAAAUUCACUGUAUCUGAAUCAUGUGAUCGCAUCAAAGAAGAAUUCAGUUUUCUACAGGCACAGUAUCACAAUUUAAAGAUGGAUUGUGAGAAGCUGGCUCAAGAGAAAACUGAAAUGCAGCGUCAUUAUGUUAUGUAUUAUGAAAUGUCUUAUGGUUUAAAUGUGGAGAUGCAUAAACAGACUGAAAUUGCCAAGAGGCUGAAUGCGAUAUGUGCUCAAGUUAUUCCAUUUUUGUCCCAAGAGCAUCAACAGCAGGUGGCAGCAGCAGUAGAGCGAGCCAAACAGGUCACCAUGCAGGAAUUAAACGCCAUUAUAGGGCAACAAAUGCAGGCUCAACAUCUACCACACGCUCAUGCUCCACCCAUUCCGAUGACCCCACACCCAGCCGGUCUCCAGGCACCAAUACCUCCAGUUUCAGCAUCAGGACUUCUAGCUCUCUCACAGAGUUCAUUCUCAGCAUUGGCACAUAGUCAUGGCUUGCUCAAGGAAGACAAACAUGAUAAGCAUCGAUCUUCCGUAUCUCCUGGGGACAGGGACAAAUUUCGUCAUCGAAGUCGAUCUCCUGAAGCCUCAAAUUCUACAAAUUCUAAAAAACGACGAACAGAUGAGAAAGGAGCUGAUAGUGACGGUGAAAAGAGUGAUCAGGAUCUCGUUGUUGAUGAUGCUGUCUCUCCUAUCAAUGGUGAUCUGUCACCAAGAGAAAAGUCAAAAGAAACAAAUCAUAAAAAAGAAGAACGGAAUACAGGAAGUCCUAGAAGUGAUGCUUCCUCGCAUGCCAGUUCCUCAUCAUCAAAACAUAAAGAGAAUGACAAGUCCGCCACCCCUGUUUCUAAAUGUGCGACCCCCACUAGUUCUGGUAAUACGACUCCUGGACCAUCUGCCAAUUCAAAACCAGGAGCAUUCCCAUUUUUACCAAGCGCCAGUCAUGCUGGAUUACCGACAGACCUUAGUGCUAGUGGAGCGUUUGCCAAUCACGUAUUACACAACAAUAUUUCUCCUGGUCCGUUGAAUAACUUCCCAAGACCAUUGGUUGGAUUUGAACCUCAUACACCAAUCAGACCGUCUCUUGGUAACAUCCCAGGAGGAAAACCGGCGUAUUCUUUUCACGUGAGUGGGGAUGGUCAGAUGCAGCCUGUGCCGUUCCCACCAGACGCUCUAAUUGGUCCAGGAAUUCCUCGUCAUGCUCGUCAGAUUAAUACUUUAAAUCAUGGAGAAGUUGUUUGUGCGGUAACGGUUAGCAACCCGACCAGACAUGUAUAUACGGGUGGAAAGGGUUGUGUAAAAGUAUGGGAUAUCAGUCAACCUGGUAAUAAAAGUCCAGUUUCACAACUCGAUUGUUUGCAAAAAGAUAAUUAUAUUAGAUCUAUCAAAUUAUUACAAGAUGGCAGAACUUUAAUUGUUGGUGGUGAAGCGAGUACAUUAUCAAUAUGGGAUUUAGCAGCUUCCACACCCCGAAUCAAGGCUGAAUUAACAUCGAGUGCUCCAGCAUGUUAUGCCCUGGCUUUAAGUCCUGACAAUAAAGUAUGUUUUAGUUGUUGUAGUGAUGGUAAUAUAGCUGUAUGGGAUCUUCAUAAUCAGACAUUAGUCAGACAAUUUCAAGGUCAUACAGAUGGAGCUAGCUGUAUUGAUAUUUCUCCAGAUGGAACCAAAUUAUGGACGGGUGGUUUAGAUAAUACUGUUAGAUCCUGGGAUUUAAGAGAGGGGAGACAACUCCAACAACAUGAUUUUACGUCUCAAAUCUUCUCAUUAGGAUAUUGUCCAACUGGAGAUUGGUUAGCUGUGGGUAUGGAGAGCAGUAAUGUGGAAGUUUUACAUCAUGCCAAACCUGAUAAAUAUCAACUACAUCUACAUGAAAGUUGUGUUCUUUCUCUUAAAUUUGCAUAUUGCGGUAAAUGGUUCGUGAGUACAGGAAAAGAUAAUUUACUGAAUGCCUGGAGGACACCUUAUGGUGCCAGUAUCUUUCAGUCUAAAGAAUCAUCUUCUGUGUUGAGUUGCGAUAUAUCUGGUGAUGAUAAAUAUAUUGUUACGGGAUCAGGAGAUAAAAAAGCGACAUUAUACGAAGUUAUAUUCUGAUCAUCACUCAAUCCAUGGACAAAAAUAGAAAUUGAUUAUAUCGUGUCUCGUUACACCUGGUUCGUAUACAGUACAGCCACGGUGUAAUACAGCUAUUGACACUAAGAUAUAGUGUCGAGAUCAGUGACGUCAACAUCAUAAAUGUGUGUAAUGGGUAACGGUGUUUUAACUUUAACUGUUAAUUCUCUCGUUAUAUACACAAGUUAGGUAUUUAUAUAGUUUCACAUCCAUUUAAUGUUUGUAAUUUUCAAAUGGAGAGAAGACUUAAAUGGAUCUACUCUUGAACUUCUCGUUGUGUUCAUUCGCUUAUUAUUUUUUUAAAUUAUACUAUUCUAUGACAAUCAGGAUUUCAGAGAUAUUUUCUGAAACGAUAAAGACAAAAGGUGGUGUGGUAUUUUGUGAAUAGUAGUGCUAUCUUUUAAUGCAUUUAAUUAUGAGUAAUAAUUAUUGUUGGUUAUAAACACAUUAUAAUAUAUUUUUAUUUUGUACAUUGUUCUAAAUGUAUUUAAAUCGUUUUCUCAGUGUGCUUGUAUGGACUUUAUUAUCAUUUAUCAUUUGUAAAUUUCAAGAUUUCUAAUAUAGAUUUUGAUUAAUGUAAAAACUGGAAACGUUUGUCCAAAUGUUCAGUAUGGCCCGAAUUUACAGGAGUCUCUUUUGAGCCUAAAUCAUGUUCCGAUUCCUAAAUCCUUAUUUUUAAAAACGAUAUAUUAUAAAUUCAUAUCAUUAAAUUUGAAAAAACGACAAAAAUUGAAACGUGAUCGACUUCAAUAAUUUAUGUUUAAAACUGAACAUUUACACAAACGUUAUAGCUUGCAUGCAUACAAAAUUAGGAAUCCAAGCACAGGGUUAUAGCGUGGCUACCAAAAAAUGAACGAUUUUGUCAGUUUAGUUUUGUCAAAUAUUAGUUAUUGUAGAACAUAAAUUGUACAUUCCAAGCUGAACUAAAGUUCGUUCUUUUUAUCAUAUAUUGUAUUUUUGAAAAGAAAAGACUAUAAACAUGUUACCUGUAUAGUAAGUUAUGUUAGUUAUUUUCUGUGUUUUUUACACCUUGUUUUUGUGUUAAUUAUUAAUUAAUAUAAUAUAUAUAUAUAUAUCUAUACACCAUAUCUUUUAAUUGUUAAUGGUACAAUCUGGCUUUCUUAAGGAUCAUUUCUUAUUUUUAAGUAUUUUGAUGAUUUUUGAAUUGUAAUAGUUUUUAGGGUGUAUACUUUCCAUGUCCUUAACAUUGGCUGGGCACCUCUCAAUAUAAAUAGUAAAUUACUUUCCUUUUGAUCAACUUAACACCUGAUGAGUUAGAGACUUUAUUCAGAUUGGAAUACAUUUUUAAAAAAAACUCUUUACCGUCAUUAAUUCUGUUACAGUAAAUCUGACUUCUAAGCGAUUUGUUCAUCAAUAGACUAUAUUUUGUAAAUUUAAUUCAUUGUAUGUUUGAAAUGAUAGUAAAUGUACAUCAAUAUAUACCGUCUGGGGCCACAGUAAACGAUCCCACUACAAGAGUGUAGGAUGCGAUCUACUGUGGCCCCACACAAUGAUCAUCAUUAUAGUCUUGUUGUUUUCUACCUCGGUUAAUUUUAACACUUUCACCAUAUUUUCCAUAAUGUCACGAUGUUUACAGUUAGUUUCUAAUUGUGACCUGGUGCUUUAUAUUGUUCAUGGUAAAUAAAUGUGCAAACGAAAAAACCCAAACGAUUUGUCUAAUUUUUUAACUAAAUGAAAUGAAAUGGGGUUUUACGUCUUACUUUUCUGCACCAACCGGUCUAAUGCAGUGUGCUAUAAGGGAAAUUUUUCCCGAGCAGCCUACGUUUAUUUCGAUUUUCAAUUUCCAGGGAAUCUAUUAUUGUGCUGCCAAUGAUAAACUCGGGAUCUCGGAUUUCAGUCGCAUCCAAUCAAUGACUAAAUGCCAUUUCCGUCACAGGCCCUUUGUCCUGCACUACUGACAGGAGGAAAGCAUGCUGAACUGGAUAUUUACCGAGAGAGCUCCCUAUACUCUGAGUCAUAUAAUUAUCUGUAGCGGAAAGGUGAAUAAUCUAAUCACUUUGUGCUGUCAGCUACAUACAUAUUAUGAUUUUAUUGCACUGUUUGUUGAUCUGUGUAAUGUGGUAAGAUAUUACAUUAGCUGGUUCAGAUAUUUCAGUAUUAAUAUCGAGGAAUAAUGAAGUUUUUAAAGCUAGGGCGUACUUUUGAA